AUGCAAAUCUUCGUGAAGACUCUCACGGGCAAGACCAUCACUCUCGAUGUCGAAGCCUCUGAUACUAUCGAGAAUGUCAAAGCGAAGAUUCAAGACAAGGAGGGUAUCCCUCCGGAUCAACAGCGUUUGAUCUUCGCCGGCAAGCAGUUGGAGGACGGUCGCACUCUGUCCGACUAUAACAUCCAGAAGGAGUCAACCCUCCAUUUGGUUCUUCGCCUGCGAGGUGGUAUGCAAAUCUUCGUGAAGACCUUGACGGGCAAGACCAUUACUCUCGAUGUCGAAGCCUCUGAUACUAUCGAGAAUGUCAAGGCGAAGAUUCAAGACAAAGAGGGUAUCCCUCCGGAUCAGCAGCGUCUCAUCUUUGCUGGUAAACAGCUUGAAGACGGUCGCACUUUGUCCGACUAUAACAUCCAGAAGGAGUCUACAUUGCAUCUUGUUCUCCGUCUCAGGGGUGGGAUGCAAAUCUUCGUGAAGACUCUCACGGGCAAGACCAUCACUCUUGAUGUGGAAGCCUCUGAUACCAUCGAGAAUGUGAAGGCGAAGAUUCAAGACAAGGAGGGUAUCCCUCCGGAUCAGCAGCGUCUCAUCUUCGCUGGUAAACAACUCGAAGAUGGACGUACCUUAUCGGAUUACAACAUCCAGAAAGAGUCCACCCUUCACUUGGUGCUCCGCCUGCGAGGUGGCCGUCUGUGAGCAUUCUGAGUUCUGUAGUUUAUUAAAAUACACCGUUAGUGUCGGCUGGUCAGCCGAUACAGUGGCGUCGACUACCUAGUGAGCUCCUCUAGUAUUAUAUAAUAAUUGACAAUUGGGGUCUUGCUGCUACUGCUAUUCUAUACGAGCA